AUAUAUUACAUGUCAAUUAUUCCGUUUUAGGCGUCAUUGCUUGAUCAUAUUUCAUCAGUCCAUAAGAACGAGAAACUCUACAUGUGUCACGGUUGUGGGAAAGAUUUCAGAUACAGGCAUCAGCGAAGGAUGUGUGAAAACAAGCAUAUGGGGAAGUUUAUCCAUCCCUGUACUCUAUGUGAUAAAAAAUUUAAUGAUAAACGACGGUUUGAACAACAUAUGAGAGUUCAUACUGGAGAGAAACCGUUUGCUUGUCCUAUAUGUAGUUUCAGGUGUUCGAGACUAGACAAUUUAAAUCUUCACACUAAAAAGUCGCACGGCGUAACUUGGAAGGAGGCCGAGGGUAUGACUGGGGUAUCAUGUCGAAAUAAGAAUGAUCACGACCCUCUUGCUCUUCCUCCUGUUUACAAUAUCAUCCCUGUUGACCGGGGCCAGGACGAGCUUCAGCAUUUCAACCUUCUCAUAGAACCUGUGAAAACUGAACCCUACAAGAUCCUGGCCAGCACAACAAAUUUGUAAAAUUUGAACACUGGUAAAUUGUAACCAAACCCUAAAAGGUCUUAUUUCAAGUGACCCUCCAUGCAAAGAUGGCAAUGCCUGAUUCACAACGGUACCCUUGAAAACUUUGUCUGGUCAAGCAUGAAUUUGAUAUCUAUGUUAAUAAUUUUAAACUGAAUAUUUACAAUUGUGGGUUCUCUACAAAAUGGACUUGUAACUUCUAAAAUAAGCACUUUUAAACAUGGGGGGGGGGGAACAAUACUUUCCACAUUAUUGAUCAGGCCGGUUAAGGUUUACUUACAGACCCUUUAAAGAUAUUGAGGAGCAUGCUCGGUUCUUGACACCGAGUUUGAAAUUAAUGAAUUUGACGGCGUCUUAAAUCCCC